AUGGCUUAUCACGAGAACAAGGAGCUUCAGCCAAGUCUUUGCUCGGAUGUCGUUGGACGUCGUGUCUCGAAACCCGAAGCUCGUGUAUUUAGCUAUCCAGAACUCACAGACGUGGCACUUUCGACCAUCCAUAAAGUUCGCCCAGAGGACCUACUGCAGCCACUCGUGUCCCAUCGUCCCAAGGUCGACUCGUUACAGCUCAAAAAUGGUUCGGACGAGCGUUAA